AUGCUUACAAGUAGCUCAAACCUUCCUCAAAAGUCCCUAAAAUUGAAGCAAGAUGACAAAAAGGUCACCUGUAAACGUGUAACAAGAGAUGUCUCCAUGGCUAGCUUGAGCACAGAAGAUUACCAUGUUGGUGCAUCUGUUGCAGUUCCAUUCACUUGGGAGUCUCAACCAGGAACUCCCAAGAUCAAGCUUCGAGAAAACCCUCUUCCUCCUUUAACCCCUCCACCAUCCUACUUUUACAAUACUCCAAAACGACCAACAAAAAAGAUAUCUAAAUCUAAUAUUUUAGACUCUAUUUUCCCUAAACGUUCUACUAAAAAAACAAGCCUGCCUGCAUCACCUGCAUCUUCAUCUUCUUCUUCAUCUUUUUCGUCGCGGUUAUCGUCUUCGUGGUCCGCAUCAUAUUCGGUGCCUUCUUCCCCAAUGAAGGUUUCAAAAUCUCGAGGACUUUAUAAUGAAAUAGUGUCAAGCCCAAAAAAAUAUUUCGAUUCAAGAAAAACGAUGCUGAAUCAUGGUGAUCGAGAUCAUGAGGAGGAUGAAUGUGAAUCUCCUGUUUCUACUUUGUGCUUCGGCGGUAUUGGUCGUGGACCAAGUGCUCGGUCUCGAGGCUGCUAUGCAUCCAUGAUCAAGGUAUUGCUUAGGGAUGCUUAA